AAUGACUAAUAUAAAUACUAUCUCCAACAUUAUAAUUAAAGAUACAAAUAUUGGUUUUGCUAUUAAUACACUGAAUAAAGAUUUACAAGAGGCUAAUCAUAUCAGAAAUAAAGCUAGUAAUCAACUGAGGGAAAUACCUAAUAUUGGUAAAAUAACUAUAGCUUUAACUAAUAGUCGAGAUGUAACAAAAACUUCCAAUAAGGUUAAAGUUAAACAUCUUAUUGAAGGCGUAAAAAAAAUAAUAUUAGUGGCUUCUGGUAAAGGUGGAGUUGGGAAAUCCACUAUAACAGCAUUAAUCGCAGAACAAUUGAAUAUGGAUGGGUAUAAAGUAGGAAUAAUGGAUGCAGAUAUUUAUGGCCCGUCAAUUCCCCAUAUAUUCGGCGUUAGCGAUGUACCAGAGAUCCUUAAUAACAAGAUGAAGCCUUUAGAAUCAAGAAAUAUUAAAAUUAUUUCUAUUGGAUUACUCAUUCACCAUCAUUCGGCAGCUAUUUGGCGCGGCCCUGUGGCUAGUAAAACAAUUUAUCAACUUUUAUCUUUAACUGAUUGGAAGGGGUUAGAUUACCUAAUUAUUGAUAUGCCACCAGGCACUGGAGAUAUACAUUUAAGUAUUUUAGAAAAUUAUCAAUUAGAUGGGGUAAUAAUAGUCACUACGCCUCAAAAAAUGGCACAAAUAGAUGUGGGAAGAUCAAUUGAUUUAUAUAGAAAAUUUAAUUUACCAAUUCUAGGCAUUAUAGAAAAUAUGAGUUAUUUAGUUGAGCCUGGAUCUCAAAAAAUCAUUCAAACAUUUAGCCAAAAUCCGGGGGGGAGAUUUUGCUGCAGAACAUAAUAUUCCUUUCAUAUGUAAAAUUCCCCUUGAACCAAGAUUAUCCUAUAAUUGCGAUAAUAGUAUUACUCUAACUGGUAUAAUUAAUUUACCACUUAAAGGCUUUAUUUAGCCUUUUUAGGUAAUCUAUAUAUUCAUUUCUAUAUCUCCCUCACUGGCUUAAAGCGUUUCUUUGCGCUCAAGAUAUUUAGCCUACGUAAUAAAUUAAUGAGAGAGUUUGAU